GAAGAACAACUGUAAGCAAUGACAGGAAUUCUCUUUUAACACUUUACUUCCAAACAGAGUUCUACUCCAGGCUGGAGUGACUCUCAGUGCCGGCUGGGACACAGAGCACUUGAGUUAUUUCAGCCACAUGAAGAGAACCAGAAACAAGAUCACAGCUUACUGAAGACAGUAUCUUCUUCCCAGCCUCCAGGAAGCAUUGUUGUAUUCGCUCACCUGACUGCUUGGAUUUUUUUCCCCCCCUUAUGCACUAAAUAAAUAAAUAAACCAGGGAUAAGACUUCUUGAAUAUGUCUAAACAGCCAGCUUCCAAUGUUAGAGCCAUUCAGGCGAAUAUCAAUAUCCCAAUGGGAGCCUUUCGACCAGGAGCAGGACAGCCUCCCAAAAGAAAAGAAUUUACUCCUGAAACAGAUGAGAGCCUUCCUCCUACCACAGAAGAGAAGAAGGUACCUCCAGGAGCAAAGAAACUGCGACCUGCAGUUAACCUAUCAGAGAUCCAGAAUGUAAAAAGUGAACUGAAAUAUGUCCCCAAAGCUGAACAAUAGUAAAAAGGAGGA